AUGGGACAGGAUGCUUUCAUGGAGCCCCUUGGCAGCACAGUUGGGAUCUUUCAGUGCAAAAUAUACUUCCUUCUCAUAGCAGGUGCCUGUUUGGGAUUGAAGGUGACAGUACCAUCACACACUGUCCAUGGUAUCAGGGGUCAGGCCCUCUACCUCCCUGUGCACUAUGGCUUCCACACUCCAGCAUCAGACAUCCAGGUCAUAUGGCUGUUUGAGAGACCCCACACAAUGCCCAAAUACUUACUGGGCUCUGUGAAUAAGUCUGUGGUUCCUGAUUUGGAAUACCAACACAAGUUCACCAUGAGGCCACCCAAUGCAUCUCUUCUCAUCAAUCCACUGCAGUUCAAUGAUGAAGGCAAUUACAUCGUGAAGGUCAACAUCCAGGGAAAUGGAACUCUAUCAUCGAGUGAGAAGAUACAAGUCACUGUAGAUGAUCCUGUUAUAAAGCCGGUGGUGCAGAUACAUCCUUCUUCCGGGGCUGUGGAGUAUGUGGGGAACAUGACCUUAACAUGCUUGGUGGAAGGAGGCACCAGACUGGUUUACCAGUGGCUAAAAGAUGGGAAGCCUAUCCAUGCCAGCUCCACCUAUUCCUGUUCUCCCCCAAACAACACCCUUCAUAUUGCUCCGGUGACCAAGGAAGACAUUGGGAAUUACAGUUGCCUGGUGAAGAACCCUGUCAGUGAGAUGGAAAGUGACAUCAUUAUGCCCACCAUAUAUUAUGGACCUUAUGGACUUCAAGUUAAUUCUGAUAAAGGACUAAAAGUAGGGGAAGUGUUUACUGUUGACCUUGGAGAAGCCAUCCUAUUCGAUUGUUCUGCUGAUUCUUAUCCCCCCAACACUUACUCAUGGAUCCGGAGGACUGACAAUACAACAUAUAUCAUUAAGCAUGGGCCUCGCCUAGAAGUUGCAUCUGAGAAUGUAGCCCAGAAGACAACCGACUACGUGUGCUGUGCUUACAACAACAUAACAGGGAGGAGAGAUGAAACUCGUUUCACAGUCAUCAUCACUUCUGUGGGACUGGAGAAGCUUGCACAAAAAGGGAAAUCACUAUCCCCAUUAGCAAGUAUAACUGGAAUAUCACUGUUUUUGAUUAUGUCCAUGGGUUUUCUAUUUCUAUGGAAAAAAUACCAACCCUAUAAAGUUAUAAAACAGAAGCUAGAAGGCAGGCCAGAAACAGAAUACAGGAAAGCUCAAACAUUUUCAGGCCAUGAAGAUGCUCUGGAUGACUUCGGAAUAUAUGAAUUUGUUGCUUUUCCAGAUGCUUCUGGUGCUCCCAGGAUACCAAGUAGGUCUAUUCCAACCUCUGAUGGUGUAUCAGGGCAAGAUUUGCAUAGUACAAUUUACGAAGUUAUUCAGCACAUCCCUGCCCAAGAGCAAGACCAUCCAGAGUGAACUUUCGUGGGCAGAGCAGUACAUUGGAGUGAAAUAAUGAAGAAAUAUUUUAAGGAAAAACAUCUGGGAUCAAUGAAGAAACCAAGCCCAGCGCCUCAUUACUUCCUAUAAAUGCAGAAUAAAAGCAUUUAUGUACAUUGGACUGUAGGUUUUCAAGCAUACACACAAUGUGUUGUGCAACAAAGGAAAGUGGUAGGAAAAUGUUCCU